AUGGGCAUAACUAAUGCAACUGCUUCAAAACCUUUGCCAACGCCACCUCCAGAGGCUAACCUCAAUAAAGAGCCUUCAAGCUCAUCACCGAAGCGAAAUGACAACGCAGAGCCAGCAAGACCUUCAAUGAACCUUCGCAAAGGGCACGGAGAUGAAGAUUAUCAAGAGGACGAGGAGUUUGAGUUUUUUCAAUCUUUUGAUCGUGAGAAGGUAAAAGAUGUAAUACAUGCGAUAACAGCUGGACUGAAAGACAAGGGCGCUGAUGUGGAAUACCUGAUGAUCCCUUUCAGGCCGCAACAGACGAACGAGAAGCUACUGAGACUUUUAAAUAGCUUGUUUCCGAUGGGUAAUGGUCAACCUGUGGCGGAAAAACAGAGAAUAAGAAUUGUGCAGAAGACUGAGCCAUUGACACUCUUCCAGGGAUUGACAUAUCUAUGGUGUCGACUACCUGAUGGUGAAGUCAUCGGAUGGAAGGCAUACCUACAGUUUAAGGCCAGAGAGAAGGAGAAAAACUACCCUACAAGAGGAUUCUUGGAGCUUAUGCCUCAGUGUUUAUCAUCACCAAGUCAUGCUUCGAUCGUUUACGAUUUCUUUGACCUGAUCGUGUCUCUGGCAUCGAAUUCUCGGGUUAAUAAGAUGAGCGCUCGGAAGAUAUCCAAGAUGUGUGCAAUAUGGGCAUUUGGUAAGCCAUUGGAAGCGACUGGUAAUUCACUUGAUUAUGAUUUCACAAAUACAUCUGAAUCACCGAACAACUCAUUUCAGGACGGCUUGAACGAUUGGAUACCGGCUACGGACGCAAUGUUUCAUCUUCUUUUAGCUUUUCUGAAGAGCUUUGUACCGCAGGACCUGGAGAGUGCUCAACUACCAUCCACGUUGAAAAGCCUCUUGUUCAAUAACGAAUAUCCGCCCAAGGGAUCUACAGCAUAUUCCUCUCAAACUGUAUUAACGAUCCCAUUGGUGACAUUGCAUACUGACAGAUUUUCAAGAAAGCCAUGGGAACUGUUGGAACGUUGUGGCGAGUUACUUGACUUUUCGAAGUACGAUGCCUUCCAAGCAAGGGAAGAUUAUGCCCUUCUGAAGUCACUGUUCAAAAAGAGCAAUCAAGUCGAAGGCAUAAGCCGAAAGAUGUCUCAGGAAUCUCGUAGACUGAUGAAACUAAUGUCAACGAAACACUCAACUUUUCAAGCGGGCUGGUCAAAAAGAAAGUGUCUACCUAAUGAAGCUAAACUUCCAGAAAGCAUCGAAGUCAAAAGGGUUGAUAUAGAUGAUUUUUUUAUCUGGGCAUGGUUAUCUACUCUCUCAUACGAGCAAACAUCUUCAAAAAGGAACUUAUUUGGCCGGUCUUUGAUAUUAGAGUUUGAGUUCGAUGGAUUUAAGAAGUGGGUCCUAUUUCAAGAAUGUGACAUAACUUUAGAAUCUCGCAAGCAUCAGAGGCAGCGAGAUAUAGAAGGUCUGGUUCCUCACUCUGAGCUACCUAAGGAGCAAUUGCCACAAAAGGACCAAAGGAAAGUCACGCCAGUCUACGAAAGUUUCCAAAAGAGGGUUCCAUCUGCUGGAUCACAAUCCAGCGAUAGCCCGUCUAGUGACGGUUAUCACACAAUCAUUAGCAAGGAGUCCCUUGGUAAGAACGGAUCAAAGCAUAACGUGAAUUUGCAUGCAAUUGAGCAAAAAAUAGCAAAAUGGAAUCCUCUUAGUAAGGCAAAGAGGAAGACCUCAGGUAACGACACACUUCCAUCCAAAGAGGAGAGAACAGCGGCGCCUCAAGUAAAAAAGGAUUCGAUUUUGAUCGAUCCUCAUAGAUCAAUCUAUGAACUUCCUCCCAUCGAGCGCGACGUUGACGGCUUCAAAGAUAUUUUCGCAGAUCAUGGAUUUGACGACGAUGAGGAUGCCGAGUUGGAGUCCCGCCGCACCAACAUGACGCGUGAGCGAUCUGCACCGGUCGCCUCAAUGACCCAGACGAAAAAUCGAUCAGACGAAGCAAUGGAGGAGCUGAAAGGUAUGAUGGAUCAGAUGAUAACGGAGGAUAUGGCUAAUUUUUCAGGCUGCGACGAUCUUCCUUCAACUGCCGGCAAUUCUACAAGGGAAACGUUUGACAGUCUGACAAAGUUUGAUCAAUACAAGCCCGCACAAGCAUACACCGACACCCCAACAUCCUCAGCGAGCGCUGUCCCGUCGUUGAAGCUGAAUGGAAGCGUACCUUCUUUACAACCCCUAGACUCACAAGAAGACGUACAGGUGCGGGCGGAUUCUCGACAUCCCAGUCCGCUUGAGAAGCAGCUGCCUGAGAUAAGAAUCAAUAACGGCUCAGGAGCGACCUCGCCAAUCCGGCCCGACGUAGCAGUCCAGGGACAAGUGCUACCAACAACACCUGCCAGUCUACCAGGACAGAAUGACGCCAUUGGGUCUGUGGCAAGGUCGCCGCCACCGCCCGCAUCACAAGAAGCAGGUGCACCACCAGCCGUUAGAAACGUACCGAGAGCACAAUCGCCUCCCAGGCCGCGAGCGCCGGAGUAUCCUCAAACUGCUGCGUACACGGCAAGGUCGCAGUCGCCUCCCAGAGCGCCACUCCCCCCGCCAGCAGCACAGCCGCCCGUGUACCCUCAGGCCGACAGCUACUAUACCAGGUCACAGUCGCCUGCGAGACAGCCCGCGCCUCGCCCACAACUUCCGCAGACCGCAGAAUACACAGCAAGAUCUCAAGCUGCGGGACCACUUGGGUAUCCCCAGACUUCUGACUACACGGCAAGAUCGCAGUCGCCUCCCAGACAACCAGCGGCGGCUGCACCACCAUCAAAGCUUCCCGCUAACAUAUACCCGCCUCGCGCCCAGAUCACCCAGUACCCCGGCAGCGGCUACCCACCGUACACUCGCCCGCAGGACCAAUUUCCCGCGCAACCGCCGGUCGCCUACGGACAUCGUUCUCCCGAGCUGAGAGGCGGCCCAUACCAAGCCCCAGCCGAGACACCUUACGCCGUAGACCAUCCGCCAAGGGCUCACCACUACCAACUCCCACCGCCAAACGGUGACUACGCACGAUAUCAGCAGCCGCCACACCCAAGACAGCACCAGUACCCCACGGGCCCGACCAGAUCCCCCCAAACGCAAGCAAGAACUCAAUUCUACGGUCACGUGGACCCUUCUACCACUUCGCGGAUACCCGGCGCGAAGCUGCACGGUGGCCACAUCAACCGGCAGCAGGACAGAAAGAAACUGCACAACAAUAUACGAAACGGUGACUUCGGCAUAUGA